GUUCUCUGUUUGCGAGACUUGUCCUUGGAAACCUCCAGAUAUACGUUGUCCCAACAUGUGGUACUGAGUAUUACCUUCCCAGGGUAACCAAUGAAGCAGUUAUGAUCUAUACUGAAUGAAGAUUGAAACAUGAAAUGUUUUAUUUGCUUGCUGGGAAACGAAAUGCUAAAUUGUGGAUGGUUGCAAGUGCUUCUAAUUUCCUAGCAUCUAUCACACACAGCUGAAAUGAAUCAGCAGCAGCAGAGGCUUAUAUGUUGCUGUCCACUUUCAAUCAUUCAUCCACUGCUCUUUACUCUCUCAGUUAUGCUUUAACCACCCCACACCUGAGAGAUGCCGGCCAUCUGUUUACUCCCCCUCACCCAAACAGGUGGGAGAGCUACCGGCGCUGUGGGUGUUGAAUGAUUAAGCUGAAGAUGUUUACAUUCCAAGGCCGAGCUUUCGACAGUUCAAACCAAAGAGACGGGAGAGAAUUUGAAUUCUUGUCUGACCAAUAACCGACAGGCUCCACCUCCAAUUCCCCAAAAACUGUGCUGGUUAUAUGGGCAUUCAGCCUUCCAAAUGCUCACUAAAUCCAUCUCUGGAUACGGAUUUUGUAGGGAAACUGUGUGACACAUGCUUCAGACAUGCCUUCAUUGGGAUUAGAGAUACUAGGAGUGACUCUGGCUCUCCUGGGAUGGAUCUCUGCGAUCGUUUCCUGUGCAUUGCCCAUGUGGAGAGUGUCAGCAUUCAUUGGGGUGAACAUUGUGACAGCCCAGACGACCUGGGAGGGUAUCUGGAUGAACUGUGUGGUGCAGAGCACUGGCCAGAUGCAGUGUAAAAUCCACGACUCCAUGUUGGCUCUGAGUGCAGACCUUCAGGCCGCCCGUGCCCUAACUGUCAUCUCCAUUGUAUUGGGAAUUGUGGGACUCCUGAUGUCGGUCAUGGGGGCAAAGUGCACCAACUGCAUGGACGAAGAGGCAGCUAAAGCUCGGGUGAUGAUUGCUUCUGGAGGGGCUUUUAUUUUGGCUUGCCUCACCCAGAUUAUACCUGUGUCAUGGUCCGCUCAUACUAUCAUCAUGGAGUUCUAUAGUCCGGUCAUACCAGAGGCCCAGAAGAGGGAGAUCGGUGCUGCUCUGUACCUGGGACUGGAGCUGAUUGGUAUUUCCCUGUGCAUACUGGGAUGGAUAAUUGCCAUCUUGGCCUGUGCCCUGCCCAUGUGGAGGGUGACGGCCUUCAUUGGCAGCAACAUCGUGACGGCUCAGAUCAUCUGGGAGGGCCUGUGGAUGAGCUGCGUGGUCCAGAGCACAGGACAGAUGCAAUGUAAGGUCUAUGACUCCAUGCUGGCCCUCUCUCAGGACCUCCAAGCAGCCCGCGCCCUCACCGUCAUCUCCAUCUUGUUGGCUAUCCUGGCCCUGCUCGUGGCCAUCGCCGGGGCCAAGUGCACCAACUGCAUUGAGGACGAGGCCUCCAAGGCAAAGGUGAUGAUCGUAUCUGGAAUCUUUUUCAUUGUUUCUGGUGUCAUGCAGCUCAUCCCAGUCUCCUGGUCGGCCCACACCAUAAUCAGGGACUUUUACAACCCGUUACUCACCGACGCUCAGCGUAGAGAACUGGGUGCUGCACUGUAUGUCGGCUGGGCAGCAGCCGCGCUCCUGGUUCUUGGUGGAGGACUUCUGUGCUGCUCCUGUCCACCACGGGAGACCAGAUACAACAGCUCAAGAAUGGCCUACUCUGCCCGGUCUGCAGGAGGCCCAGUUUUAGAGAGAAAGGACUAUGUAUGAAGGAAGGUCAAACAAAGAAAGACAUGAAUCUUUAAAAUGCACCUUUAUCCCACAGGAACACUGAGUUGGGAAAAGGAACUUGAAGAAAACAAGUGUUUGAUUUGGUAAUUGGUUUGUUUAGCUGCCAGAGAAGGAAACAUAUACAAAGAGCACAUUUUUACAAAUGUAUUUGUGCACUGUCUUGUUGAGAUAAAGAAGUUACUGUCACUGUAAAAUCACAGUUCCUUUUAUAAAACUGUAGCUUUUUAUGUUUUCAACGGAAUAAAUUGUUGUUCUUAAACCCACCACUGAUCUUCAUUAUAAAGACCCACUUUAUAAUAAAAAAACAGAAGAAUUUGCCACCAGGGUUAAGAACAGAGUUAUGAGAUGUAAAUACAGUAAUGACAUUCCCUUUUAGUAGACACCGCAGAUAAUAACUGUAUUAAACACAACUGCUAGCUCAUUGUGGUGAGGAGAGAUGAUGGUGUUUUGCUUUACAGUUUGCAAUGAAGCAGCGAGACACCAUUUGUUCCUUUAAAAUGAAUUUAUCCUGAUGCAUUACAUACUCAUAUGAUGUUUAUGUUUUUUCUAAUAAAACUGAUUGUUAUUAGCUA